CCCCCCCUCCUUCUCCUCUUUCAUGCCAAACGCCACGAGGUCCUCUCCUAGGCGAUACACCCAGUCGCUCUCCUGCCCGCCCCGGUAUCCGGUACCCCCCGCCAUCGCUCCCAGCAGCAUGCGCUUGGGGAGGCGGUUGUCCUCCAUGCGCAUAACGAAGCCCGCAAAACACAGCCUCCGUUUGCGCACGGUGGCCUCGAUGGUUUCCUCGCAGCCUGCCUGGAUGAGGGCCUGGGCAUAGGACAGGGGGCGGUCUGAGCGUUUCCGCUUGCUCCAGCCGAUGCACCGUGUGAGGAACUGGCGGUGGGUCCCAUUGAGCUUCGUGUAGUGCUCCGCUGUUAGGCUCCACGAGGCGCACCCAUACAGGAGAGUCUCCACCACUUCAGCCUGGAGAAGCCGGAUCUUGAGCUGGCGGUCGGCCCGUCGCCUGUCGUACAUCGAAGCACUGUUCCGGCGGUAGCACUUCCACGCUCGGCAGCUGCGGCUCGUGAUCUCCCGGUCGGCCUUCCCGUCCGCGGAGAUGGUACGUCCGAGUAAACCAUAAUCGACUUCGUAAGUCGCGAGGGA